AGCAGAACAACGGCAGGUCACCACAACAAGGUGGACCCCAGCACCCGGCUUCUGCAAGCCAAAUUCCGACGGCGCGCACCCGCACGGGCACGACCGCGGGCCAAACGGACUGGGCAGCGGUGGCGAUGGUGUUGGGACUCGGGGUGGGCUUCGGUGCCUUUGGGUUGCGCUACGCGCUUGGGGCCGCACAGCGUGCGGGCAUGCGGGCGCCAACGUUCCCGUCCUUCGGCGCCGGAGGGGGCGCAGCUGCGGGUGGUACAGCAGGAGGAAGUGGAGCAGCAGCAGAGGGCGCUGCAGCUGGGAAAUCAGCCGGAGAGCAGGGGACUAUUGACUUGGGUCAACUGUUCACGAAAUGGCGUAACUCGCUGUCCUGGAACACGAUGGAGGGUUUUGAGAAGGAGAUGAGCCGACGGGAAGCGUUGAAGAUUCUCGACCUGAAAAUGACCCAAAUCGACAAGGAUUCGGUGAGGAAAAAGCACCGCGAGCUGCUGCUCCGCAACCACCCGGACCGCGGCGGCAGUACGUUCAUCGCGACAAAAAUUAACGAAGCCAAAGAAAAAUUGAUCGGGAAAGGAAGAUGAUGGUGCGACGUAUCAGUACUUCUGUAGUGCUGAAAGCAGGAAGUACAGGUCGACUUUCAUCCUGCGCACAUCGACGUGAGUCCUUGGUCGUUGUGUAUGUUGUUUAAUAAAAUCAAAUGAUGGCUAUCUUUGUUGUUCACCUGAUUUCUGGCGACUUCUGCUCGUGCUUGUGUACAUGCUACGCUGAUGGUAUACCUGCACGAGU